UGUUCGCAACAAAACCGACUCACAAAUGGCGGCACGAAAGCGGAGCAUAGUGUGGUCAUUUUUCCAAGCUGAGGACAACAAGCGCGUACUAUGUCUUCUCUGUAUGAAGACGGUUUUGUACUUCGGUCACACAACGAACAUGCUUCGGCAUUUACGAGCGAAACACCCGAAUGAUUUUUCGGCUUUGGACAAGAGGAGAGAGACCGACAAACCCGCAGCUCACCACAACAACAGCGGCUGUGUGGAAGUUACAGUAGUGAUGGAUGAGCAACAGGUGGAGGUUCAGUCGGAGGUGGGCGAUGCGGAGAUGGACGGAGCCAUAAGAGGGAUCUUGUGCGCUGCGGCGGGGGAGGGGGAGGGGUCUGGAUGUGAACGAGAGGGGACAAGAGGACAGGAGGGCAGCCCCGUGCCCUCGCCUACACCCAGUACCCAAUACCCAACACCCAGUGCCCGGUACCCCAACCCCAGUACCCGCAAGUGGAGCGCUGUGUGGGUGCAUUACCGCAAAGUGGACCAGGAGAAGAAAGCGCUGUGUCUCCUCUGCAUGGAGAAGAUCCAGCAUCAGAGCAGCACCAGCAACCUCAUCCGACACCUGCAGAAUAAGCACCCGGCCGAGUACCAACAGCUGGAGGACCACCCGCAGAAACGGCCCCCCAAACGCAAGCCCGAAGAGCUGGACUACUUCCCCACCAGUCGUGCCAAAAGUCGUGUUGUGACUUCGGAUCGUAGCAUCCAGUCGCAUCUUAACAGCAGCCACACAGACAAAUAUUCAGGUAUCGAAUGGUGCGAGAGGCGCAGGUUACUGGAGCGCGAGCGCGAGCUGACAGAGGCGCUCCGGCGCGUGCAGCAGGAGGAGGGGCGGAGCUUACAGCAGCAGAGGGAUUUUAUCCAACAGAUCCGUGAGUUAGAAGCAGAGAGGCGGGCUCUCACGACCCAGAAACGCGAACAGGAGGACGAACAUCACAGACUGAAGCGGGAAAAAGAAGAGCUCGAGAGCACGAGACUGGAGCUGCAGAAGGAGAGGGAGGAUUUGCAAAAGGAGAGGGAGGAGUUGUAUAAAGCAAAGGAGGAGUUUCAGAGAGAGAGGGAGGAGCUGAGCAGAGCGAGGGAGGAGCUGGCCUCCGGAGAUGGACACUUACAGGGCCAGGUCUCUAGGUUGUACAGCUGUUGACUGAAAAUCCAGUGAUCCAACUUUGUACAUCACCAGUCUGGUUUAUGGCAACAAAAAUUGAUUUUCUAUUUUUAUGGUAAUAAAAGUUUAGCGAGAGUAGUUGAUGAGAAAUUUAGUAAUUUUGGCCUUUUCCUAUGGACACAAUGAUCCAUAAUAAGAGGAAAAGGUGGGGGAAGGGUAUUUAAUGUAAAGGAAGAAUUGCAGUGAUCUGUAUAAAAAGUAAUUACUCAAUACAACUUUACCACACAUUCAUGCUGAUGAGGGUUUUUAUUUAUUUAUUAACAAAAUAAAGUUUGGCCACUUAAGAGUU